AUGCCAUUUCUCUCAGCCUCCAAGAAUAAGGGCUCCAAAGAUGAGGGGCCCGAUGGGACGGUGCCCAUCCCUACGGCGCUGGGCGCUAUCCCUCUGCUCGGGUCGGUGCCGCUGCUCGAUCCCGACACCCCUAUGGCGUCCAUCUCCGAGAUGGCUGCGAAGCACGGCGAAAUAUUCCGUAUGGUCAUCCCGGGCAGGAACCCCCAGAUAGUCUGCUCGACGCAGGCGCUGGUGAACGAGUGCUGCGAUGAGACGCGGUUCGAGAAGACGACGCGCGGGAACGUGCUCGCCAUCCUCCGUGAGGGCGUGCAGGACGGCAUUUUCACGGCCAACGGCAAGGACGAGGUCUGGGGCGCGGCGCACCGCAUCUUGGUGCCGGCCUUUGGGCCCGUCGCCAUCCAGGGCAUGUUCGACGACAUGUACGACGUUUCGGCCCAGCUGGCCCUCAAGUGGGCGCGCCACGGGCCGUCGAGCCAGAUCGCGGCCACCGACGACCUGACGCGCAUGACGCUCGACACCAUCGCCCUGUGCUCCAUGGGCUUCCGCUUCAACUCGUACUACCACGACGACCUGCACCCCUUCAUUACCGUCAUGAACAGUUGGCUGCGCCAGGCGAGCGACCGUUUCAGCCGGCCCUUCCCCCAGGUUAUGUACAGCAUAUUCGCCCCCGGCGCCGAGGGCGCCUGGGCCGGCAACUGCGCCGCCCUGGGCCGGACCGCCCGCGAGGUGCUCGAGGCCCGCAAGAAGAACCCGGCCGAGCGCAAGGACCUGCUGACGGCCAUGAUGGAGGGCGUCGACCCCAAGACGGGCCACAAACUGGGCGAGCAGACCAUCAUCGACAACCUCGUCACCUUUCUCAUCGCCGGCCACGAGACCACCUCGGGCAUGCUGGCGUUUGCGUUUGUGGAGCUGCUGAGGAGCCCGAACGCGUACCGCAAGGUCCAGGAGGAGGUGGACCGCGUCGUGGGCAGGGAGCGGCUGCGGCUGGAGCAUAUUCCGAAGCUCAAGUAUAUCAGUGCUGCUCUGAAGGAAUGCCUAAGACUGAAUCCUACGAUCCCGGGCAUCGGCGUCCGUCCGCUCAAGGAAGAGAUCAUUGCGGGCAAAUACCUUGUCAAGCCCUCCGACAACUUAUUUCUGGUAAUCGGAAACUCACAUCUCGACCCGGUUGUCUGGGGCGAGACCGCCAAACAGUUUAUCCCAGAACGGAUGCUCGACGAGAACUUCGAGCCCCUCGAGCGCAAGUUCCCCAACUGCUGGAAGCCGUUUGGAAACGGCAUGAGGGCCUGCAUCGGCCGCGCCUUUGCGUGGCAGGAGGCCGUUAUGGCCAUGGCGAUUUUGUUCCAGAACUUCAACUUUGUCUCGCACGACCCCAACUACAAGCUCAAGAUCAAGGAGGCGCUGACAACCAAGCCCGACGGCUUCGCCAUGCGCGCCAUGCUCCGCCACGGCAUGACGCCUACGGAGCUGGAGCACCGCCUGGCCGGCGGCGCGCGCGGUGUUGGCACCACUAAGCUGACGACGAGCCCCAUGUCCCAGAUGCCAACCAUCAGCGGCGUGCCGACUCCCGCCGGGGCCGAGGGCAUGAAGCCCAUGAGCAUCUACUACGGAUCAAACAGCGGCACGUGCGAGGCUCUCGCCCACAGGUUGGCAGCCGACGCGGCGGUGCAGGGUUUCCGCGCCGUCGCCAUCGACGUCCUGGACGCCGCCAACGGGCGGCUGCCCAAGACGGGCGACCACCCUGUCGUGUUCAUCACGGCGUCGUACGAGGGCCAGCCGCCCGACAACGCGGCGCAUUUUGUGUCUUGGCUGGAGAACCUCAAGGGUGACGGUGAGAUGGCGGGCGUCAACUACGCCGUCUUUGGCUGUGGCCACCGCGACUGGGCCCGCACCUUCCACCGUGUGCCCACGCUUGUCGAUACGAAGCUCGCGGAGCUGGGUGGUGCGCGCCUGGCGCCCAUGGGCGCCACGGACGCCGCCGACGGCAACACAUUCCUCGACUUCGAGACGUGGGAGUUUGAGAAGUUCUGGCCCGCCCUGGCUGCCCGCUACAACAUCCAGCCCAAGGAUCUCGCAUCGGCGCUCGAGUCGGCCGAUGUGGCCGGCUCACAGCUCACAGUUGAAGUGUCCAACCCCCGCUCCACCGGCCUCCGCCAAGACGUGGGCGAGGCCGUGGUUACGGCGACCAAGCUCCUCACGGCUCCGGGCGCCCCUGCCAAAAGGCACGUAGAGAUCCAGCUGCCGAGUGGCGUCUCGUACACGGCGGGCGACUAUCUUGUCGUAUUGCCACUGAACCCUACGGCCGGUGUGGACCGGGCCAUGCGACGAUUUGGGCUCGCGCGCGACGCGCACAUCACCAUCCGUUCGGGCGGUGGCCACACGACGCUUCCGACGGGGCACGCCGUUUCGGCGCACAGCGUGCUGAGCGAGUAUGUCGAGCUCGCCCAGCCCGCCACCAAGCGCGGCGUGCUAGCCCUGGCCGAGGCAGCAGGCGCAGACGAGACAACCAAGGAGCGCCUGUUAGAGCUAGCGGGCGACAUAUACCAGGCCGAGGUCAGCGCGCGCCGCGUUAGCGUGCUGGAUCUACUAGAGCGGUUCCCGAGCGUCGAGCUGCCGUUCGGGGCCUUCCUCGCGCUGCUGCCGCCGAUACGGGUGCGGCAGUACUCCAUCUCGUCGUCACCGCUGUGUGACGGGCGGCACGCGACGCUGACGUACUCGGUCGUGGACGAGACAGCCGAGGACGGGAGGAGACACCAGGGGAUAGCGACGACGUACCUGGCGUCGCUGGGACCCGGCGACCACGUGCACGUGGCGGUGCGGCCGUCCCAUGCGGCGUUCCACCUCCCUGCCGACGGAGAGCGCACACCCGUCGUCUGCGUGGCGGCCGGGUCGGGCAUGGCGCCGUUCCGUGGCUUCGUGCAGGAGCGGGCGGCACAGCUGGGCGCGGGCCGGCGGCUGGCGCCCAUGCUGCUGUUCUUUGGCUGCCGCGACCCGGCCGUCGACGACCUCUACCGCGACGAGCUGGACCGCUGGGAGCAGCUCGGGGCGGUGGACGUGCGGCGCGUCUACAGCCGGGCGCCCGAGGCCAACGAUGACGAGGCUCGGGGCCUGCGCCAUGUGCAGGAGCUGUUGUGGCGCGAGGCGGGCGAGGUAAAGUCGCUGUGGGAGGCCGGGGCCAAGGUGUUUGUGUGCGGGGGGCGGGCGGCGGGCGAGGCGGUCAAGCACGCCUUCUUCCAGGGCGUUGUCAAGGGCCAGUCGGAGGGGGUGGAGUUGGACAGGGAGGAGAUGCAGGAGUGGUACGAGACGGUGCGCAGCAAGCGCUAUGCGGCCGAUGUGUUUGACUAGUGUAUCCUUUGUCUGUACAGAGUAUGGCGUUGGUGGUUGUGUGUUUAGAACGAACCUAGCGUCUGGUUUGCCUGCCUCUCUUCUCUCUAAUAUUCUUUUGGCUCCCCUCGCAUAAUCUUUGGCUGAUGGCUGAUGGUCUUCUCAACAAUUGGCUAGCAAAACAUGGGCCUGUCAAUUCAACCCCUGCGCAUGGACAUGACUCGGUGCCGUUGUCAGCCACUCCUCCGCUAGCGUGUUGUGGAAGCCCUCAAUGCCGGCCGCCUGCAACCUCGCGCCCCAAAGUGUCGGCGGGCAUGACGAGAAACACAUGCGGGAAAACACGAUGGAUUGGACGGCUCAGGUGGCUGCGCCCGGUAGCUUGUCGGAUCGCUUCCGCGGGCCGGCCGCCAGCUGGCUGAUGGCCGAGCGGGGUGGUGAGGGAAAAUAGGCAGAUGAUGGGAAUGCAG